AUGCCCUUUGGUCUCUCUGAAUCCGUCCUACAAGGAGGCAGCCUGCUUGAGGCCGUCUGCCUGAAGCUGACCUCCAGUGAUCUUCCAGGACCCAUUCAAGAUCUUCCCGCCUGCCCCGAAGUUGCUAGCAUCACAGCCGACUGCUGGAGUCAAGAUCCAAUGUUACAACCGACCGCUACAGCCAUUGCAGAGAAACUCCUCAGCUGCUCCGUCAAGUUCAUCGUGCGAAUCCAACAGAAUACGGACGCCGGGUUUCCACCUGAUACUUCGAAUCCACAAUUAUCGAGCUUGGCAAGUAUUAAAGAUGCCACCUCAUCCAGACGCCUUGGGGACGGCGACUUCAAGACCCUUCCGGAUCGAGACGCAAAUUUCAAUCCCGUUGACUCAUUCUUCCUUGGUGGCGUGUUACUCUGGAAUCUCAUGGAUGUGAGCAGCGCCGGAGGCGGAGGCACAGCUCAGCCCAAACACAGAGGUCUCCUCUGCGAUGAUGAAGAAGAGAGAAUUCUCGAAGCCAUGUCUCACCUCGAGCAUGCCGUGAGAGGCGGAUACCUCGACGCUUAUCACGAACUAUACAACGCCCAUGCGACGCUGGCGCGGAAGCACAUCGCGAAAGCUAAUAACCCUCCACGACGUAAUGUGGAUUGA